GGCUGUUCUUGGUCAGUUAUAUUUGUGGACCUCGAUGCUCAUAAUCGCAACAGGCAAACUCUGUGCUCACUGUUACCCAGAGAAUCACGAUCUCACAACACAGAUGCUGCUCUGCUCCCCUGUAUCAGUUAUCCAGCAUUUGCCCUGGAUGAUGAAGUUCUGUUUAGCCAGACACUUGAUAAAGUGGUUAGAAAAUUAAAAGGAAAAUAUGGAUUUAAGCGUUUCUUGAGAGAUGGGUAUAGAACAUCAUUGGAAGAUCCCAACAGACGCUACUAUAAGCCAGCUGAAAUUAAGCUAUUUGAUGGCAUUGAAUGUGAAUUUCCCAUAUUUUUCCUUUAUAUGAUGAUUGAUGGAGUUUUUAGAGGCAAUCCCAAACAAGUAAAAGAAUAUCAAGAUCUUUUGACUCCAGUACUUCAUCAGACCACAGAAGGAUAUCCUGUCAUACCCAAGUACUAUUAUGUGCCAGCUGACUUUGUAGAGUGUGAAAAAAGAAACCCAGGUAGUCAAAAGCGAUAUCCUAGCAACUGUGGCCGUGAUGGAAAACUAUUUCUUUGGGGACAAGCACUUUAUAUCAUCGCAAAACUCCUGGCGGAUGAAUUAAUCAGUCCUAAAGACAUUGAUCCUAUCCAGCGCUAUGUCCCACUACAGAAUCAACGUAAUGUGAGCAUGAGGUUUUCCAAUCAGGGCCCACUGGAGAAUGACUUGGUAGUUCAUGUAGCACUUGUAGCAGAAAGCCAACGCCUUCAAGUUUUUCUCAACACAUACGGUAUUCAAACUCAAACUCCUCAACAGGUUGAACCCAUUCAGAUAUGGCCUCAGCAGGAGCUUGUGAAAGCUUAUUUCUACCUGGGUAUCAAUGAAAAGUUAGGACUCUCCGGAAGGCCAGAUAGGCCCAUUGGCUGCCUCGGUACAUCAAAGAUUUAUCGCAUUCUUGGAAAGACUGUGGUUUGUUACCCAAUCAUCUUUGACUUAAGUGAUUUCUACAUGUCUCAAGAUGUUUUACUGCUGAUAGAUGACAUAAAGAAUGCACUGCAAUUCAUUAAGCAGUACUGGAAAAUGCAUGGACGUCCACUUUUCCUUGUUCUCAUCCGGGAAGACAAUAUAAGAGGUAGCCGGUUCAACCCCAUAUUAGAUAUGCUGGCAGCCUUUAAAAAAGGAAUAAUUGGAGGAGUCAAAGUUCAUGUUGAUCGUCUACAGACACUAAUAUCUGGAGCUGUAGUAGAACAACUUGACUUCCUGAGAAUCAGUGGCACAGAAGAGCUUCCGGAAUUUAAGAGUUUCGAGGAACUAGAACUUCCCAAACAUUCAAAAGUCAAACGACAGAGCAGCACCUCCAGUGCUCCUGAACUGGAACAGCAACCUGAUAUCAACAUUACUGAGUGGAAAAACAAAUCUACUCAUGAAAUUCUUCAAAAACUGAAUGACUGCAGUUGUCUCGCUAGCCAAGUUAUUCUACUGGGUAUACUGCUCAAAAGAGAAGGCCCCAACUUCAUCACAAAAGAAGGUACCGUUUCUGAUCACAUUGAGAGAGUCUAUAGAAGAGCUGGCAGCAAAAAGCUUUGGUCGGUUGUACGCCGUGCAGCAAGUCUUUUAAGUAAAGUAGUGGACAGCCUGGCCCCAUCCAUUACUAAUGUUUUAGUGCAGGGCAAACAGGUAACUCUAGGUGCCUUUGGGCAUGAAGAAGAGGUUAUUGCUAAUCCUUUGUCUCCACGAGUGAUUAAGAACAUCAUCUAUUAUAAGUGUAAUACCCAUGAUGAGAGAGAAGCCGUCCUUCAGCAAGAGCUGGUCAUCCAUAUUGGCUGGAUUAUCUCCAACAACCCUGAGUUAUUCAGUGGCAUGCUGAAAAUACGAAUUGGGUGGAUCAUUCAUGCUAUGGAGUAUGAACUACAGAUCCGUAACGGAGACAAGCCAGCCAUGGACUUAUAUCAGCUCUCACCUAGUGAAGUUAAACAACUUCUGCUGGAUAUUCUUCAGCCUCAACAGAAUGGAAGAUGUUGGCUGAACAGGCGACAGAUCGAUGGGUCUUUGAAUAGAACUCCCACUGGGUUCUAUGACCGAGUGUGGCAGAUCCUGGAGCGCACGCCCAAUGGUAUCAUUGUAGCUGGAAAACAUUUGCCACAGCAACCAACCCUAUCAGAUAUGACUAUGUAUGAGAUGAAUUUCUCUCUCCUUGUUGAAGACAUGUUGGGAAAUAUUGACCAGCCAAAGUACAGACAGAUCAUCGUGGAGUUACUAAUGGUUGUAUCCAUUGUACUGGAAAGAAACCCUGAGCUAGAAUUUCAAGACAAGGUAGAUCUAGACAGACUGGUGAAAGAAGCAUUUCAUGAAUUUCAAAAAGAUGAGAGUCGACUAAAGGAAAUUGAAAAACAAGAUGACAUGACUUCCUUUUACAACACUCCUCCCCUGGGAAAAAGAGGAACUUGCAGCUAUUUGACAAAGGUGGUGAUGAAUUUGCUGCUGGAAGGAGAAGUCAAGCCAAGCAAUGAUGACCCAUGUCUGGUUAGCUAGUGAGAAGGUGUGAGGGACUUCGCCAAGAUGCAUUCUCUCGAAAUGGGCUAAGUUUUAUGUCAGAGCUUGAUCAAGGCAGCCAUUAAUCUAUGACUAGAUCAUGCUGGUAAGGUAGCUGCCUCACUGUGGUAGAGUUCUUGGACCUUUUGCAUGCCAUAGCCAAUCUAAUGGUGAAAAGUACUUUUAAUCAAGAGAAAAAUUUUCUCAUGAUUGUGCCAACUACAAUAAUAAUCUUCACUGAAUGAAAGAAUUCGCUUGUGAAUUGAAAAUUCACUGCUGCAUGUUUUAUGAUCAAAUAGCUCAUCAAAACGGAUCUGUGCUCUUUUGACUGAAUUCUCACCUUACUGCCAUUAAAAUGGAGUUGCCAACUACUAAUGCAUACUGGUGAUCAAAAAAUAUUAAAAAAUGGUGAACUUUUUU